UUCUUAGUAUAGUAUUGAAAUGUUGAACAUAGCAAACAUAUCCAUGGCUCGUGCAACCACUGCUUCCUCCCUUAUCUACCACCACAAACUCUUCAACUUCUCCUCUACCCAUUCACCCAUUCCCCACACCCUCAACUUCCCACUCACAACAACAACCAGUUCCUCAAAACCCCUCAUUCUAAAUCCCCAGUUACUCAACCCUCCUUCUUUCAAACUCCACCCUCUUCACCCACCAUCAUUUUCCUUACAUCAAUUCGAAUAUACUGAAGAAGAAGAAAAUGAUCCUAAAACUGAAACUAAAACCUUACCGAAUUCAGACCCAAAAUCGUCGCAAUCAAAGAGACUAUUUGUUGGUAACUUGCCAUUUUCAUUAUCUUCUUCCCAAUUGGCUCAACUCUUUGCAGAAGCCGGAAACGUUGUGUCUGUAGAGAUUGCGCAUGAUGACAUUGGGGAUAGAAGCAGAGGAUUUGCGUUUGUUACAAUGGGGAGCGUGGAGGAUGCUGAAGAAGCAAUUCGAAUGUUUGAGGGCACUAAUGUUGGAGGUAGAGUUAUUAAGGUAAACUUCCCAGAAGUGCCUAGAGUAGGCAAAAGGGCAAAAAUGGGCUCAAACUAUAAAGGUUAUGUAGACAGCCCUCACAAAAUCUAUGCCGGAAACCUCGGUUGGGAUAUGACUUCCCAGGAUCUUAGAGAAGCCUUUGCUAAGCAGAAAGGCUUACUGAGUGCCAAGGUUAUCUAUGAAAGGAACACCGGAAAAUCUCGCGGAUAUGGGUUUGUUUCGUUCGAAACUGCUGAGGAAGUAAAAGCUGCUUUGAUUGCUAUGAACGGCGUGGAGGUUCAAGGACGGCCUUUACGAAUGAAAUUGGCUGUUGAUGACAAGAAGCCUUUAUCGCCUCCGGUAAUUGAUUAAAAUAAAGGAAGUAAUGUUGAUAGCUUGAAAAUGCUGUUUGGAAUAAACAAAUGAGGUACAUAAGUUAUGGCUUUUCCACCCUUUGAAUACUCUUCAAUUUUGUCCUAAGUGGUCUCUCAUGUCAUAUUUUUCUGUCAAUUACUAAUCACAUUGGCAUACACUAACUACAAGAUCAAUGUCAAUUCUUUUGAUAAUGUAAUGGUGGUAAGGGACCAGAACCCAGUUCCUCUUCAACCGACUUUACCGUUCAGUCCGACUGUAGAUCAACCGACAUUAACGAUCUACCAUUGACUGCAUUGUAAAUCCCUAGUCCACAAUAUUAUGUUAUUAGUCCUAUGUAAAGGAAUGAAUGUGGAACUGUAAUCAUGUUUAUUUUGCUCUUCAAAGAUAUAUGUGAUCUACAUUAGUCUUUCAUUAAGCAUCCACAUCAGUUUUUUUCUUCAA